CAAAUCAAGAUCUUUUAGAUAUUGUCUUAUUUCAAUUAAAAUGGCUUCUGCAUCGACCGACAAACUUGAUGUUUCUGUAGAUGGCAGUUCCAACAAGGAACAACUCAGUGCUAAAGAAAAAGCUUUACACAAUUAUGUUUUCAGAUCAAUGAAGAGAGCACAUGAUAUGUUUUUGUAUGAUUAUGAUGUUUUUCCAGAAAACAGCGAAAAAGCUGAAAAAAUUUGGAGAAACACGAAAAUUAGAAGCAGUUUCUCACAUGUAAUCAAAGCAGUUGAAGAAACUAAAAGACGUAGAGCGGAAGAAGUACUUCGUCUACCAAAAAGCAACAAGGAAGGAAUUGCUGCUGUUGUAGCAAAUGAAAAUGUACCUCUAGCGAUCACCGAUGGUUCAUCAAAAGGAGAAAAACAAAUUUCACUGAUUGAACAAAAAUCAAAUGACGGAACUGUUCGCGCUUUACUACCUUCUCGUGCAAAUUUAAUUACAAAACCAAAAUGGCAUGCCCCUUGGAAAUUAUAUAGAGUGAUUUCUGGUCACACAGGUUGGGUUAGAGCUGUGGAUGUUGAACCAAAUAAUGAGUGGUUUGCUACUGGUGGUGCUGAUAGAAUUAUUAAGAUUUGGGAUCUUGCCAGUGGUCAAUUAAAACUUUCCCUAACUGGUCAUAUUAGUGCAGUGAGAGCAGUAAAGGUUUCGCCAAGACAUCCUUAUUUGUUCAGUGCUGGUGAAGAUAAGCAGGUUAAAUGUUGGGAUUUGGAACAGAACAAAGUUGUUCGCCAUUAUCACGGUCAUUUGAGCGCUGUUCAAGAUUUGGCUCUUCAUCCAACUCUCGAUAUUUUGGUUACUUGUGCUCGUGAUUCUACUGCUAGAGUUUGGGACAUGCGUACAAAAGCCCAAAUAUUUUGUUUGAGUGGUCAUCGUGACACAGUUGCUUCAGUUAUAUGUCAAAGCUCAAACCCUCAAGUUGUUACUGGCAGCCAUGAUUCAACUAUUCGCUUGUGGGAUUUGGCUAGCGGGCAAAGUGUUUGCUCAUUAACUAAUCAUAAAAAAAGUGUUCGUUCUCUAGCACUUCAUCCAACUCUUAAUAUGUUUGCAUCCGGUUCUACAGACAACAUCAAAUUAUGGAAAUUCCCGAAUGGUGAUUUUAUGCAGAAUCUUAGUGGUCAUAAUACAAUGAUUAAUUCUUUGGUGAUAAAUGAGGAUGGUGUUCUUGUUUCUGGAGGUGAUGUCGGAACAAUGCAUUUUUGGGACUUCAAGUCCGGAUUUUGUUUUCAAAAAGAACAUCCACCUCCACAGCCUGGAUCAAUUGAUUCAGAACGUGGAAUUUUUGCGCUAUGUUUUGACAAAUCAGGAUCGCGUUUGAUAAGUGCUGAAGCAGAUAAAUCUAUAAAAAUGUGGAAAGAAGAUUUGGAUGCGACAGAAGAAACACAUCCCCUAAUGUGGAGACCUGAAAUACUCAAAAAGCAACGUUUUUAA